UUUACGCAUGCGCAUAUCGACAUCCAACAUGGCAGGUCUUGCAGCCGAAGAUUUUUCGGACGAGAUCAUUGAUCCAAAUCAGUUACACAUGGGGGAACUUGACUUAACUUCAGAAGACUUUCUUCUUGAUGAAGUAGAUUUCCAUAUCCAGCAAAAUUUAGAAGAUGACAUUGUAAGGGAGGCCCUCAAAACAGGUGUUGACCUGAGGCAGUAUUCCAAACAGGUAGAACAGGAACUUUUAGAAGUGGAAAAUGCCUCCAUUCAGGACUAUAUUAAAGAAAGUCAGAACAUUGCCAGUCUACACACACAGAUAACAGCUUGUGAUUCCAUAUUGGAGACCAUGGAACAGAUGCUGCAGAGUUUUCAGACUGACCUGAGCAGCAUCAGCAGUGAGAUACAGACUCUUCAGGAACAGUCCAUUGCUAUGAAUAUCAAGCUCAAGAACAGGCAGGCUGUGAGAGGGGAGCUCAGUCAGUUUGUUGAUGAGAUGGUAGUCCCAGAGUCCAUGAUCAAUCAUAUAUUAGACAGUCCAGUGACAGAGAGGGAGUUCUUGGAGCAACUACAUGAACUAAACCACAAGAUAAACUUUGUAAAGGAGCAAUCUUUUAAAGAGUCAAGAUCAUGUAUGGAUGUAAAGGACAUACUAGAAAAGCUGAAGAUUAAGGCCAUAGCAAAAAUCCGAGAGUUCCUACUUCAAAAAAUUUACCAGUUCAAAAAGCCAAUGACAAAUUAUCAAGUACCCCAGAAUGCUAUGCUCAAGUUUAGGUUUUUCUAUGAAUUUCUACUGGCCAAUGAGCGACAUGUUGCCAAGGAAGUUCGUGAUGAAUACCUGGACAUAAUGAGCAAGAUUUAUUAUUCUUAUUUCAAAGGAUACUCCAGUCGCCUUAUGAAACUACAGUUUGAAGAAGUAGCAGACAAAGAUGACUUGAUGGGUGCUGAAGACACAGCCAAGAAAGGUUUCUUUUCCUCCAAGCCAGCUCUGAAAAAUAGGUCCACAAUAUUCACUGUGGGGAACAGAGGUGCUGUACUAACAUCAGAGUUAGAAGCUCCAAUAAUUGUUCCUCAUGCUGCACAGAAAUCAGAUAAAAAGUACACCUUUGAGAGCCUCUUCCGUAGCCAGCACUAUGCCCUGCUGGACAACUGUUGUAGNAACGCACAAACACAAUAG